AUGGCGGAGCAUCAUAUCGAUGUAAAUCUGCAUCUGGACAAAGAUAAUAUGCAGGAGGGAUUGUUUAUCAAACAGGAGCCCGAAGAAGAUACAGAUGUGGUCAAAGAAGAGUUACCAGCUAAAACAACAAUAUUAAGAAGAACCAAAGAAAGCAAUAAAGUGGAACAAGAAAUGGGAUAUAAAAGAGUAAAUGACAUUAGCAAUGGAGAAUACGAGAAAUAUUCAAGUACAGAAAUACCGAGGUUCGAUAUGUUUUCACAACCUGAAAUAAACUAUUCUGAUACAAGUAAUAAAGAAAUCGAAGAUGGGUGCCAUAUAGACGAUGAUUUACAAAAUUUGGAGGAACAGAUGGACAUUAGUGGCAUUAAAAAGCCGUAUCCAUGUAAUACGUGUGACUACAGUUUCAGUCGAUCUAGUGAAUUGGAGAGACAUAAUAGAGUACAUACGGGUGAAAAACCCUUUUCAUGUAAUUUGUGCGGUAAGAGUUUCAAUAGGUCUGCAUAUUUGAAGACGCAUAAGAGAAUACAUUCUGGUGAAAAGCCGUAUUCGUGUAAUAUAUGUGGUAAGAGUUUCAGUCAAUCAAGUGAUCUAAACAGGCAUAGUGUAAUUCAUGCUAGAAAUAGGGCCUUUUCGUGCAAUAUUUGUGGUAAAAGUUUUAAGGGUGCUGAUAAUUUGAAAGCGCAUAACAAAACACAUACUGUGGGAAAGCCAUUUCCAUGCGACGUAUGCGGUAAGAGUUUCGCCCGAGCUGAUAAUUUGAGGACACAUAUUAGAAUACAUACUGGUGAAAAGCCCUAUUCAUGCAAUAUUUGUGGAAAGAGUUUCAAUCAUUCUGGAUAUAUGAAAGCACAUAAAAGAAUGCAUACUGGUGAAAAGCCAUUCACAUGUGAUGUUUGUGGCAACACUUUCCGUCACUCGGGUGAUUUACACAAACACAAGUUAUUACAUGAUGGGGGACUGGACUUGAAAUGUAAUGUUUGUGGUAAAAAAUUCCAUAGUACUUCUGUUUUGCAUGCACAUAAUAAAAUACAUAUUGGUGAGAAGCCGUUCUCAUGUGAUGUAUGUGGUAAGAAAUUCAUUCGUGCUGGUGAUUUACGGACACAUAAUAGAACACAUACCGGUGAAAGGCCCUAUUCGUGUAAUACAUGUGGUAAAACUUUCAGACACUCUAGUGCACUGAAGAGACAUGAAGUAACUAUACAUAAAUAAGUUUAAUUUAUGUAAUGUACUAUAUACAGGUUUUUAAUAUUUAUCUUAUAUAUAAAAUUCUCGUGUCCCGGUGUUUGUUACCAAACUCCUCCGAAAUGGCUAAACUAAUUUAGUGUAAAUUUGUGUGUAUGGGGUAUAUGGGGUAGGUCUGAGAAUCGGCCAACAUCUAUUUUUCAUACCCCUAAAUGAUAGGGUGACCCCAAAAAUUUUUUUUUGACAAUUAUUUUUAUUUUCAGCAUUAAAAAGUACAUACAACUUCUAAUUGUAACCCGUCUACAAUCAACAUUUAUUUUUGUAUCCCGAUUUUAGAAUAAAAUGAUUAUUGUAGUAAGAUAAAUUUUAUGUACGAUAUAUUUGGUAGGUCAUAGAAUCGGUCGUCAUCUAUUUUUUAUACCCCAAAAAUUUUAAUUAUUUAAAUUUUAUUUAUUACUUUAUAUGGCAAUACAACGUUUGCUGGGUCAGCUAGUAAUAUUAUACAUUUUUUUUAACCGACUUCAAAAAGGAGGAGGUUAUCAAUUCGAUCUAUUAUACGGUAUUUUUUUUAUGUAUGUACACCGAUUGCUCUCAGAUUUAUGUAAUUCUUCUUUUGUUUGAUGCGAAAUAGAUGCCAUAUGGUCCCAUAAAAAUUUAACAUUUAUAUGAAAAUUUUCGUCUUCUUGGAUGACAUAAUUGUUUUCUGAAUACGGCUUUUGAUUAUAUAUUAUUAUAGAUUAAUUAUAUAUUAUUAUUAACUGGCACUAAUCAAAUAACUAAAAAUUUAAUUUAAUACACCUCUUAAGCAAACUUUUACCAGUAAUAUUAAUAUAAUACUAUUAUUUUUAUGUGCUACAUAUUGAUAGCUUUGAAGUCGGUGCCAAAUAAACCCCAUUAAUUUUACAACUAAAACAGGCAUAGGUAUUUUGUUGGGUCCUAAUAAAUUUAUUGAAAUGCAUCCCAUGACUGUUGGAGGGUGGGGACGGGGUCCAUACAAAAUCCACCAUUGUCCUUUCAAACGAUAGACGAGCUGACCCGGCAAAUGUUGUUUUGCCAUAUAAAUUAUUUUAAGAGUUAAACCGUUUCUUGUACACUGCAACAUUACGUUAUUUUUCUAAAAUAAAAGAUUUUUUCUAAAAUAAACGUAGCCUAAGUUACUCCUUAUUACAUCAGCUACCUGCCAAUAAAAGUCGCGUCAAAAGCGGUCCAGCCAUUUCAGAGAUUAGCCGUAGCAAACAGACAGACAACAAUUGUAAAAAAAAAAAUAUUUUGGUGUAUGUAUAUAUAUUCGUAUACAUGUAGUUAGAAACGGUUAUUUCAAUAUUACAAACAGACACUCCAAUUUUAUUAAAAUGAAACUUUUAUUACAUCGUCUCAAACUUUUUCGUCUGUGUGUUGCAUGUCGCGUGACGGUCGGGCGGCGCCUAUACUUCGCAGCAGCUGACCGUGUAGUGUAUAGACUAUUACUCAUUUGUGCCAGUGCUCCACGCUAUUUUGUUUGUUUUUAAUCCUUUUCAAUCAAUAUAUUUAACCAGGGCUAAGGCACAGAGUUCAAUAAAAAUAUUAGUUGGAGACUUAGUCUACUUUUAUUAUUUACCAUUAUCAUUCCAAUUUUCCAAGUAUAAAAUUAAGAUUGAUAAAGCGAUUGUUAUACCCUUAAUGGAAUAUUAUUCCAAAAAUUUUUAGUUAAAUGUCUAUAAUGUGAAAAAAAGUUUCACUUUUACCUUGGUGUCAUAAAAACACACAAUCAUUUUUUAUAUGUAUAGAUGGUACUUGAAUUAUUUAUCAAUGUUAAUAAAGUUUUAUUUUAUUACCUGACUUAAAACUUUGAUCUUAUUUUAUUUGUUUAUUUGGCGCUACGGUUAUUAUUUGAUUUUAUAUAACUUGACAUUUUUUGUAUUAUUUUAUCAUUGUUUUUUUUUACUUUUAAUUAAAAAUCAAAUAUUUUUUAUUUUAUUUGUACUUCUGGGACAUGCUUGCAUACGCUUUGGGUAAAACUGUAAGUUUAAAAGUUUACAUAAUAAUAAAAUAUAGGUAAAAAUUAUUUAUACAGGGUGGUUUUUGAGAAGGGUGGUGAUGGCCAAGUCGGAAACUUAGAAAUACAUACAUAUCUUUCCAAAGUUUGAUCCUCAUCAGCAACAGAGUCCUGUAAACUCCAAAAAUUAUACCCUGUAAUAUUUAAUAAAUGAUCUUAAGGAUAAGAUUCGAUUUUCAUAUAAGGCGCCCGGUAUGGGAAAAGCUACUCAUCAAAUAGCAUAGUAACGUUUUGGUGCGCAUAAUUUCUCGCGCAUCUUUCACUUUCUUGUAUUUUGAAGCUUUCUUAUAUAAUUGGAAUUGAUUUAUUAUUAUACUUUCAUAAAGUUAAGUGAAAAUUGUAUAAAUUAUGGAAGAAAGUUAUGUAAAUAAAAGUGCCGGAUAAACGGAUAAGCAGGUGGUUACUAAGUAAGUUACAACUCAUACAUUAAUAUAACAUGUAUUGUAUAUAUAAACAUGUGUGCUUUGUAUUUAUUAAAUAUUGAAUUAUCAAUAUAGUUCAUACAAAUUUAUAUGUCA